GCCGGGGCGCCGGGGGCGGCGGGGCGGCGCGGCGGGCACCGGGCGCGGGCACAGCUGCGGGCACCAGCCACGCCGGUGUCGCCGCCGCUGCCGCCGUCACCGCCGGGCGGAUCCCGCGCUUCUGCCGGAGCUUCUUUCGGUCGCUUUACUUUGGCGGCCCGGAGCAGGGACAUUAUGCCGAAGAGAAAGUCUCCAGAGGGUGCUGAAGGCAAGGAUGCAGCAAAAGUAACUAAACAAGAGCCCACAAGACGAUCAGCAAGACUGUCAGCUAAACCUGCUCCACCAAAACCUGAACCCAAACCAAGGAAAACAACAAAGAAGGAACCUGGAACAAAGGCCAGCAAAGGUGCUAAAGGGAAGAAGGAUGAAAAGCAAGAAGCUGCAAAGGAAGGUACUACACCAUCUGAAAAUGGUGAAAAUAAAGCUGAAGAGGCUCAGAAAACUGAAUCUGUAGGUGACAAGAAUGAAUGAAAUACCAUGAAAAUUUUGGGUUGAUUUUAUGUACCUCUUGGACAACUUUUAAAAGAUAUUUUUAUCAAGUAUUUUGUAAAUGCUAAUUUUUUUAGGACUAUGAUAGUUGACGUAUUAAACUGUAUAUGAACAUUUCCCUUCUCAUAACAGUGCUUUUAGAAAUUCCCAUUGUUGCCAAGUAAUAUAAAUAUCAACUUAAUAUUGCAAGGUAUGUGUAAAAUUGGAUCAGCAUUCCAUACACUUGCUUUAAGAAGUUACGUCUUGUGCAUAUGGUGAUGUUUUUACUGUGUGUAUUUGAAUUUUUCAUGCAGUUUUUCUAGAGCAAUAAUCAGUGGUGCUUUUGUACUUAGGUUUUAUGUGAUUUUAAUGAAACAUGGAUAGAUGUGGCCACCUGCUGACUAUUUUGGGUUCUUUUAAAGGAUUAAAAUAAAAGGUCUCCUUGCCUGCAAAACUAAAGACUCCUAAUGUUUUCUCUGAAUCUGAGGAAUGCCUUACUCGCAUCUUUGACUGUUACAAGGAAGACUAAAUGAUUUAGUAACAGUUGGUUUGUAUGUGGUGUGUUUGCUUUUUUUUUGCUGAUGUCUGAUUAAAAUCCACCCACACAGGAGCAGCAAACUGGGAUUUUCAGUGGUGUAUAACGUAGGGGACUUACAGAUAAUUUUUUCCUAGAUACAUUCAUCAGAUACACUGUUCAUCAGAUACACUGAUACACUGUCACAGGGUGAGUAGACAGACAGGAUAUUGUGUCUUCAGUGAGCUAUCAGUACAGAACUAAUUGCUUGAUCGAUGGAGAUGUACAGUAAUUCAGAAGUAGCUUUGUUUCUCCCCACUCUCUUUAAUGUGCAUUGUACUCUAUGGAAACCUUUCUUUCUAUCUGUAGCCUCAAAUUUAAUAUAAAUAGUAAUUGCUGUUCUGCUUCAGCUGAGGACAGUUGUUAAUACAUUGAAAUCGCUGUUAAACAGUGCUGUAUAUUUGGUACCUGGUGGAAUUGGAACAAUCAAAGUUGGUUUUGAGGUGAUUGUGGCAAUGUGGCAGAUUAGCAAAUGAUUUUUUAGUGUCCUUGUUUCAACUGUGCAGCUCAUUCUAAGUACCUUUUAUGAUUUUUCUCCUUCUCUUUUCCCUAGGGGUCCUGGUGUUUCUAUUGUUACUUCUGGGAUGGGAGGGGUGAAAGAAAAAUGUUCCCUAUGCUUUAGUAGCAUUGAUUUGUAUUGCUCAAGUGGUAGCCAUUAUGUCUGAGGAUACCUUUUGCUUGUUUAAAUCAAUAAAUAAAUGACUGUUGCCUGA